AUGACCGGGAGCUGGGUGGUCCCGAGGAUGCGAGUACGGAGUUCCUCCGCUGCAGACCCGGGGCAGGAAGCUCUCAGACGAUCCUACAGACAGACCCGCACAGCCGUCGACUCCCUCCGGGGCCCCGUGGGGAACAGUCCCUCCGCCCGGCGCGGCGGUGCGGAAGGCGCAGACUCACCGGUGCGGCGGCGGUUCCAGCUUGGUCUCCGUCGGGCGGCCGGGGGCUGGGGGGCUCCACGAUCCCGCCCCCCUCCCCUAGGCUGCCUGCUUAGGGUGCCGCGAGCCCGGGGCUGGGGGAUCAGGGGAGGCUCGGUCGAAGGAGCACGGUGGCAGAGAGCGCGCCGCCAGCUCUCGGACUCGGAUGGGGACGCAGGAAGCGCGGCCCCCGAGCGGCGGCGUGCGGGAGGGAGGGACCGAGAGAGGCGGAGGGCGGUGCCGGCCCCGAGUGGCCUCCGGCCCCGGGAGGCACCGCCCACCAGUCGACCCUCCCCCUCGGCCCUCCGGGCCACCUGGAGCCCCAGGGCACCGAGCCCCAGCUGCGAAGCGAAGACACCCACUCCCCGGAUCGGCUGGGGGAGUGCGGGCCGGGGGAGUUGGACCCCACGAAGUUGGCUGACGCGGGAUGUGGGGGAGAGAGCAGCCUGCGCCUGCCCCCCCGGGCACAGUUCCUGUGGCGCCGGGUGGGAAGGGCGUGUCGGCCGGUAG